AAACCAGUGUCAAUGGUUAACUCAGGCUCUUGGUCUCCUGGGUUUUUUUUUCCUUUAUCAUUAACUAAAGAACAUUCUUACCAUUGCUCAGCUGAGAGCACCCAGCUGACAGAUCCUCUGUGGGGAGAGUGAAUCAAGAGAUAGCUUCAUGAUAACAGCUGAUCUCAACAAUUCACUGAAGGAUUUGUCUCUACAUCCCAUGUGUUCUAUCUCCUAAGUCAUCAAAAGGAAACAUUUUGGAAUCUUUCAUGAACAAUACAAGAGUUUUAACUGAAAAUUUUAAUACCGACUCACCCAUAACUCCUAAUACAAAGCUUACCUGGGUGCCUUAAGAAUGAGCUAUUACGGCAGCAGCUACCAGGUAGUAAACGUGGACACAAAAUACCCAGGCUACCCCCCAGAGCACAUCAUAGCUGAGAAGCGAAGAGCCAGGAGACGUCUGCUCCACAAAGACGGCAGCUGCAACGUGUACUUCAAGCACAUUUUUGGAGAAUGGGGGAGCUACGUGGUCGACAUUUUCACCACGCUUGUGGACACCAAGUGGCGCCAUAUGUUUGUGAUCUUUUCUUUAUCUUAUAUUCUCUCCUGGUUGAUAUUUGGCUCCAUCUUUUGGCUGAUAGCCUUUCAUCACGGAGAUCUGUUAAAUGACCCAGACAUCACCCCUUGUGUGGACAACGUCCAUUCUUUCACAGCAGCAUUUUUAUUCUCCCUCGAGACCCAGACCACCAUAGGGUAUGGAUACCGUUGUGUCACUGAAGAAUGCUCCGUGGCCGUGCUCAUGGUGAUCCUUCAGUCCAUCUUAAGUUGCAUCAUUAAUACCUUCAUCAUUGGAGCUGCCUUGGCCAAAAUGGCAACUGCUCGGAAGAGAGCCCAAACCAUUCGUUUCAGUUAUUUUGCACUCAUAGGCAUGCGAGAUGGGAAGUUGUGCCUCAUGUGGCGCAUAGGUGAUUUCCGACCAAACCAUGUGGUAGAAGGAACAGUGAGAGCCCAGCUUCUCCGGUACACAGAAGAUAGUGAAGGACGGAUGACAAUGGCAUUUAAAGAUCUCAAAUUAGUCAACGACCAGAUUAUCCUGGUCACCCCAGUAACUAUCGUUCAUGAAAUUGACCAUGAGAGUCCUCUGUAUGCCCUUGACCGUAAAGCAGUGGCCAAAGAUAACUUCGAAAUUUUGGUGACAUUUAUCUAUACUGGUGAUUCCACUGGUACAUCCCACCAAUCUAGAAGUUCCUAUGUUCCCCGAGAAAUUCUCUGGGGUCACAGGUUUAAUGAUGUCUUAGAAGUUAAGAGGAAGUACUACAAAGUGAACUGCUUACAGUUUGAGGGCAGUGUUGAAGUGUAUGCUCCUUUUUGCAGUGCCAAACAAUUGGACUGGAAAGACCAGCAGCUCAACAACAUGGAAAAAGCCCUUCCAGUCCGAGGAUCCUGUACAUCAGACACCAAGGUCAGGCGAAGGUCAUUUAGUGCAGUUGCCAUUGUCAGCAGCUGUGAAAACCCCGAAGAGACGACCACCUCCUCCACUGAUGAGUGUAAGGAACCACCUUAUCAGAAGGCUGUGCUGACUUUAAAUAGAAUCUCUGUAGAAUCACAAAUGUAGCUUACCUUGUCAUUUUGGGGGCUCCCACUCCAAUCAUUUGACCUUCCUGCCAAUCACUGUAAGGCAAGUAUGUGUACACAGAGCUUUUUAGAAAUGUGAUAGCCAUGUCUUAUGGGGAUGAUGGGUAUAUAGAGUAGGUGAAACUUCACAAAAUAGAAAAUCUAAAAAUUCCAUGACUUUCAAUGACUAAAAUUUGCUUUUGCUAUCAAAUUUUUUAUAUUAGGAAUACUAUGAAGAAGCUUAAUUGAUGAAAUUUCAGCUCCUUUUAUUAGAUCUUUUAUUAUGUAUCUUAAAUUAGAGAUGCAACAUUGAAUUAUGAAACAUAAAGCCAACAUAAAUAAUAAAUUUUUAAAUGUAUCAAAAUUAAUAAUAUGAGUGAUUUCCCAUAAAAAGCUCCAUAUCAUCUAACCAAGGUAUGCAAUGCAAGCUAUACAUUUAGCAGAGAGUAUUGUUGAGAUAUGUAGCUCUGAAAUCUACUGACCAGUUCAAAUCACUGUGUUUUUCUCUCAUAGUGUUUUGCUAUCAGCAGGCAGAGGUAGUAGCCCUGGGAAACUGACAAUGCCACCAAAUUAGUUUCCACAGCCUCUUGUCCAGUCAAUGCAUUUUCAAUGAGUUCUAGAAGCUGUUUUUUUUUUUUUUUUCUUUAAUCCACGCGGGAGAAGAAAAGUUGGCAUCACUAUUUGGAGCAGUGUUUCUCUCUUAAAUGUCCUUGUUGACUCCAAAAAUCAGGGACAGAAACAAGUCAACCUUUCUCAGUUCUCUGAUAAGGGCAGGUCCUAGCUCACCUCUCACUUUUUUAAGGGACAGGAUGACAGAGGUAAGGUAGCUAUUGCAGAGUUGCAAUAAACAGUCCCAAAUCCUUUGGGAGAAAAUGUUACCCUCCUGUGUCCUGAAACACUAAACUUUUGGCUGCUAGGUAAGGGAUACAACCUUUCUUUGGAUGGGGGAGGGGAGAGCAAGGGAGGUAUUUAUUUGUAUUCAGAAACAAUCACUUUCCAUCUUUAUCACCUUAAAGUAGGUAAAUGACUUGAGUUUAGGGUUUUGAGAAACUCUCUGAACUUGCAACAAUAAUUUAAGUGGGCAAUUUUGUGAAAUACAAUAAAAUCAGUGUUUUAAUGCACAUUAAUUGGAUAAUCUGAGUCCUAUGGAAUUGUUUAAAUUAUAGGACUUGAGAUAAAUAUGUAUACUGUAUUGCCAUGUUAAACGAGAUGUUAAUCCUAAUUACUUUAAGUAAAAAGCCAAUCACCAAGUCACUUUAAGCUUUGUAAAUUAAGGAGUUAUUAGGCACAUUCAGAUUCAUUUGUGCACUUUUAAAAUUGUUACUGAGUUGGCAGUAAUUGCUUUUAUUUGUUUAUUUUAUUUAAAUACACACAUUGUCUUUUGUAUUUUCUGGAAAGUUUUCUUUUUUCCUCUCUCUCUCCCUUUCAGUGUGUGUGUGCAUGUGUGUCUGUAUGUGUGUUUGUUAAUUUAAAUGAACCACACAUGUAAACCAAACUGAAUAAUAUAGUCCAAGAUUGCCAAUAAAAGCAAAAUAUAUAGAUAUGAAAAAUACUUUUGUUUUCUUUCUUCUUAUUUCUUUUUCCUCCCUCUCCCUCACUCCUUGCCUUUCUUCCUUCUUGUUUCCCUCGUUCUUUUGCCUAGGAGCAAUAAAGUUACAUUUCAAUAUACAUGUAUAUGUUCAAAUCUUUUAUUUCUAUUGCUUCAUGAAUAAAAGGUUUAGGUUGUAAGUUGCUAGGCAGUCCUCAAGGUUAUUAUCACAAAUCUAAAUAAUGCACUUCUCUAUCUUAGUUCGGGAAUGCCAACUCCAUUUUUAAAAAUUUUACACACAGUGUCAAUUUGGAUUUUCUAUCAGCAAUUACUUAGCUAGAGUACUACAGUCUCCUCAGUAGGAAAACAAUCACCAUGACAGUAAGCAAAACUGCUUUUUUCCCCUUUGUUAGCUUGUUCACUCACAUCUAGUUAUAUUUUGGUUUGCUUUGCUUCUUGUACUUUGCCUGUCCAUGAUGCUUGCCUUGCUGGUAUUAUAAUGGGAGCACUAAUAGUCAAUUAAAUAUGUCCUGUUGUGCUAAGUGUCCCCACAAUCCAAUCUUCAAAGCCCAAGUAGAAUGUUAAAUCAGCAUUCACAUGUAAUACUCAUCUUUAAUUUCCAAGUAGAUUUAUAUCAUACUUUAAAACAUACCUUCAAAUGAGCAACUUAAUAAAGGUCUUAAAACACUGCAGAAAAUGUGUGCAUAUAUCCUAUCCUCCAUUGUACAAAUGCUUUCAGCUGAGCUGGUCAGCACUGGGUGCAGUGCACCAAAAAAGAGAAUGCUACUUCGUAUAAUCAGAGCAUAGGCAUCAUCAUAAACCAUUUUUAUGGGCUUUUAACAGCUUUUAGAACGGCUAUAUGUGAAAUAACAAUUAGUUGCUUAUGUAAGCAUUACCAAAAAAAGCCCUGUGCAAAAUGGUAUUUCCAGUUUCAGACACUCUAUCAAUGAUAAGUAGACUGAAUAUUUUUUCUUAUACCAUUUACUUUGUCCCUAAAAAAUGAAAUUAUGUAGUGGAGUUAAUUAGAUGGAAAACAAAGUGUGGCAUCAAGGCAUUGAUCUGCUGUGUGUUGUGGCCUGUGAGUGGGGACCUUGAGGAGUGAGUAAGGAAGGGGAGAGAAGGAAAUAGGAUUUUUUUAUGUCACCAGCUCUUUAAGGGUUACUAAGUUUUAUAGAUGUAUUGAGUUCCCACAACAAGACAUUCCAUCAAACUUCCAAUUAAUUUGCUUUUUCCAAAAAUAAAUUCCUAACUGGACAACAAUGUGCUUAGAUUGACAAAAUCACGAUCAUGCUUUCUAAUCCCCUUGCAACUGGGGGGCUGAAGUGGUACAAUCCUAGACCAUGAGACGUCAGCAGAAAGUCCCGGGUGUGGUCUUUAUGAAAGCUCUUGUAUAGGCGCUGGCAGUGGGCACUGCCCUUUCACUCUCCCCAGAGUCUGGGCCUCAGACUUGACAGCUGACACCCCUGUGGCCAUUUUGUGAGAAUGUAAAUUGAAGACAUCUCCUACGAGGGAAAAGGGAAAGACGGAGCAGAGAGCAGUCGGGGAUGGCUUGCCUCCAGACUUCUUGUGCACACAUAAACACGAUCUCUAACUGACACAGUGAGCACAGUGUCCAAGGGGAACUAUCCAGGAUAUAAGGCCGCUGAGAGCAAAAUGAGGUGCAACUUAAGUGCAACUUGUACAUGACGUUUAAUGGAGCUGGUCACUGGAGAAACCACAUAUUUUCUGGGAAGCUGAGGAAAUGCCAUUAUUAUUGUAAAAUAAACACAAAUUAAUUGCUUUUGGCCUGGAAAUCCUGUUAAGACAGGGAUGACUGAGUGGCCUGGACAGAAAUCCGCUGUCAGACUGCUCUUCAUCUUCUCCCUUUCCCACUCAGAACGACAUUCCAGGCUUUCCUGGGACUUUCACUUGAGCUAAUGGCCUGAAAUCCACAGAGGCCCCAGACAAAACAAGCAUUGGAAGGCUUGGGCAAACAAGAAAAUUCCAUGGGUGGGUGUCAUGGGGCAGCAGGCUAAGACACCCCUUGGGACACCUGCAUCCCAUAUCCAAGUCCUAGCUACCCUGUUUCCAGUCCAGCUGAUGUGCAUCCUGGGGGCAGCAGAAGAUGGCCCAAGUGCAUGAGUCCCUGCCACCAACAUGGGAGACCUGCAUGGACUCCUGGCUCCUGUCUUCAGCCUGGCGCAGCUAAUGGAAAAAUCUCUGUCUCUCCUUCUCUGUUACUCUGCCUUCCAAAUUAAACAAAAAGAAGAAGAAAAAGAAAAACCAAAGAAAGCAAAAAAAAGAAAUAUUAAAACAUGAGAAAACUCUGCUAAUACUGUCUCAAGACUCCCCCUUUCCUCCUACGGAGAGCAAAAUGCAUCAGUUUAGCAUGUUCAAGGAGAGCUGAAAGACAUGCCAAGGACCCUAGGACCUUAUUCUAAGUGCUUGCAUGAUUUCUGAAUGCCUGAGCUGUGUGCAAGGGCCACUCCUAUUUAAAUGACUAAGCAUCAAAUUUUACUCAUUUUAAAAUAUUCUAUCAGUCCCAUCCAUUGCAAACCCUGGUGUUUAUGUUCUGAAUGGCCUGCAAGGCCUGUGAUGAGUUCUCUGUUUUUUAAGGUAAGCCUUGCCUGUGGAUUUCUGGAAACCAUGCCUACACACCCACAGUGUGCUCUAAAUCACAGAGCCCUGACUUCGUUCUGAAAUCACUUUCAUUCCUCUCACUUUCAUUUUUAAAGGAGCAGCAUGACCUGCACUCCAGAGAAAAGGACUCUGGGCACCACAUACCACAUGCAAGUAGGGAGGAACACAGCACGCACAGACUAGGCAGCAGGGGCACCUGGCAGACGCUCGGCAAAGCUUCUCCUGAAUCUGAGACCUUUGGAAAUGACGGCAAGUAACUCAGACUCAGUUCAGAUACAUUUGCAGGCGCAGAGAAAGCAAGGCCCCAACAGGGGUCAUUUUCCUAAAGAGACAGAAUGAUAGCGAUGCUGAGAAGUCAUUGUCGGGCUGCAUUGGUGGAGAGUGUCUUCAGUAGGGAAUACUAACUCCACGUGAAUUCCCACUUGCUUCACUCUUUCACUGCUGUCCAUUUACUAAAGCACCUUAACACGCUUUUCUAAGGACUACGUUGCCGGGUUCCGAGAUUUUGAGGGGGACAGCAUCCAACUCCAUAUUCCUUUCCUUGGGAAGGUCUGCACCUGCCGAAGGGCUGUUCUGUGAGGAGUGUGGAAGCUUAGAUCGGCCCAUAUAUAUUCCUGCAUUUCUGUAGACUCUGUGUUGCUGAAUACCUAGCAGAGAAAUUU